GUGCUUCCAAGGCUGUGCACAGUCUUAGGAUUUGCCCCAACAAGCAAACUCAGAGAACUGCUGAGUAGGUGCUGGAGGUGGCUGUGCCGAGGUGCUACUCAGGCUGGGUGCUCAUGGAGGAUCGCUCAGCUUUCUGAACUGCCUUUGGACUUUCCUUCUGCACAUGGCAUUGGUAUUUCAGUUUGGGCAGCCCGCGAGGGCCCAGCCUCUGCCAGGACUCUGCCCAGGCAGCCUCAUUCGGACAGGCUCAUGUGACGUGUGCAACAGCACUGACCUUCCAGAAGUCGAGAUCAUCAGCCUGCUGGAAGAGCAGCUGCCCCAUUACAAGCUAAGAGCUGACACCAUCUACGGUUAUGACCACGACGACUGGCUGCACACCCCCGUCAUUUCUCCAGAUGCCAACAUCGACCUCACAACCGAGCAGAUUGAGGAGACGCUGAAAUACUUCCUUUUAUGUGCUGAAAGAGUUGGCCAGAUGACUAAGACAUAUAAUGACAUAGAUGCUGUAACUCGGCUUCUUGAGGAGAAAGAGCGGGAUUUAGAGUUGGCUGCUCGGAUCGGCCAGUCAUUGCUGAAGAAGAACAAGACCCUAACCGAGAGGAACGAGCUACUGGAGGAGCAGGUGGAACACAUUAGGGAGGAGGUGUCACAGCUCCGGCAUGAACUGUCCAUGAAGGAUGAGCUGCUUCAGUUCUACACCAGCGCUGCGGAGGAGAGCGAGCCAGAGUCCGUGUGCUCCACUCCGUUGAAGAGGAAUGAGUCGUCCUCCUCCGUCCAGAAUUACUUCCACCUGGAUUCUCUCCAGAAGAAGCUGAAGGACCUGGAAGAGGAGAAUGUUGUACUUCGAUCAGAGGCCUGCCAGCUGAAGACAGAGACCAUCACCUAUGAAGAGAAGGAGCAGCAGCUAGUCAACGAUUGCGUGAAGGAACUGAGGGACGCCAAUGUGCAGAUUGCCAGUAUCUCAGAGGAACUGGCCAAGAAGACAGAAGAUGCUGCCCGCCAGCAGGAGGAGAUCACACACCUGCUCUCGCAAAUAGUCGAUUUGCAGAAGAAGGCAAAAGCGUGUGCAGUGGAAAAUGAAGAACUGGUCCAGCACUUGGGGGCCGCUAAGGAUGCCCAGCGGCAGCUCACGGCUGAGCUGCGUGAGCUGGAGGACAAGUAUGCCGAGUGCAUGGAGAUGCUCCACGAGGCACAGGAGGAGCUCAAGAACCUCCGGAACAAGACCAUGCCCAACACCACAUCCCGUCGCUACCACUCACUGGGCCUGUUUCCCAUGGACUCCUUGGCAGCAGAGAUCGAGGGAACCAUGCGCAAGGAGCUGCAGCUGGAAGAGCCCGAGUCGCCAGAUAUCGCUCAUCAGAAGCGAGUCUUUGAGACCGUGAGAAACAUCAAUCAGGUCGUCAAGCAGAGGUCUCUUACCCCAUCCCCUAUGAACAUCCCCGGCUCCAACCAGUCCUCGGCCAUGAACUCCCUCCUGUCUAGCUGUGUCAGCACUCCCCGGUCCAGCUUCUACGGCAGUGAUGUCGGCAACGUCGUUCUGGACAACAAGACCAACAGCAUCAUCCUGGAAGCAGAGUCAGCUGACCUGGGAAACGAGGAGCGGAGUAAGAAGCCAGGCACGCCAGGAACGCCAGGGUCCCACGAUCUGGAGACGGCGCUGCGAAGGCUGUCCCUCCGCCGGGAGAACUACCUCUCGGAGAGGAGGUUCUUCGAGGAGGAGCAGGAGCGGAAGCUCAGGGAGCUGGCGGAGAAGGGCGAGCUGCUCAGCGGCUCCCUGACGCCCACCGAGAGCAUCAUGUCCCUCGGCACCCACUCGCGGUUCUCCGAGUUCACCGGCUUCUCUGGCAUGUCAUUCAGCAGCCGCUCCUACCUGCCCGAGAAGCUGCAGAUCGUCAAGCCGCUGGAAGGUUCUGCCACCCUUCACCACUGGCAGCAGCUGGCUCAGCCUCACCUUGGGGGCAUCCUGGACCCCCGGCCCGGUGUGGUCACCAAGGGCUUCCGGACUCUGGACGUUGACCUGGACGAAGUGUACUGCCUUAACGACUUUGAGGAAGACGACACAGGUGACCACAUUUCCCUCCCGGGCCUAGCUACCUCCACGCCAGUUCAGCACCCAGAGACCUCAGGUGAGAGGUCCCGAGCACGCGUGACUGUCUCAGGCAGCAGAAGUUACCCGAGCCGGCCUCAGGCUUCCCCAGAGGAGAUGCAGGAGCCGCCAGCGGCCGAGAAGGAGGAGGAGGAGGAGGGGUCUGCUCACCACCCUGGGAAGUGCAUGUCACAGACCAACUCCACCUUCACCUUCACCACCUGUCGCAUCCUGCAUCCUUCAGACGAGCUCACGCGGGUCACACCAAGCCUUAACUCGGCCCCGACUCCUGCUUGUGGCAGCGCCAGCCACUUGAAGUCCACACCAGUGGCCACGCCGUGCACUCCCCGGAGACUGAGCCUGGCAGAGUCUUUCACUAACGUCCGUGAGUCCACCACCACCAUGAGCACAUCCCUGGGGCUGGUGUGGCUGCUGAAGGAGCGGGGCAUUUCUGCGGCUGUGUACGAUCCCCAGAGCUGGGAUAGGGCCGGCCGGGGUUCCCUCCUGCGCUCUUGCACUCCCAGGAUGGCCGUGAUCCCCUCUACCCCGCCCAACUCACCUAUGCAGACACCCACGUCUUCCUCACCCUCCUUCGAGUUCAAGUGCACGAGCCCUCCCUAUGACAACUUCCUGGCUUCCAAGCCGGCCAGCUCCAUCCUGAGGGAGGUGAGGGAGAAGAAGGUGGUCCGGAGCAGUGAGAGCCAGACCGACGUGUCUGUGUCCAACCUCAACCUUGUGGACAAAGUCAGGAGGUUUGGCGUGGCCAAAGUGGUGAACUCGGGGCGAGCCCACGUGCCCACCUUGACUGAGGACCAGGGACCUCUCCUCUGUGGGCCCCCAGGCCCCGCGCAGGCCCUUGUCCCCGGAGGCCUGGUGCCCGAGGGGCUGCCCCUCGGAUGCCCCACUGUCACCAGUGCCAUCGGCGGGCUCCAGCUCAACAGUGGCAUCCGACGGAAUCGCAGCUUCCCCACCAUGGUGGGGUCCAGCAUGCAGAUGAAAGCCCCUGUGACGCUCACCUCGGGCAUCUUGAUGGGUGCUAAGCUCCCCAAACAAACUAGCUUACGGUGAGGCUGGGAGGGGGCCCUGCCCCAGACAAGACCAACCUUGCUCCCGCCUCCCUCUCUCCCCGCCUGCACUGCGCGCUCUCCCUCUGCCCUCCUCUGCCCAUCCCCUCCUGAGCUAGACAGACAAAUCAACCUCGUGCCUAAUGGGGGCAGAACGGAGACUCUGUAAAAUGUGUACAUAGGACUUGGAGACCUGUUUCCACUCUGCUCUUCCUUCGAAUCCCCCGUGGGAAGUGCCCUGGCACUGGCUUUGCUCUCUUGAGGACUUGGCCUGUGUAAGCUGGGGGCAGGGGCAGUCGGGUCGCCUCCCUCUCCUUUCUUUUGAGAAGCACUGAACCACCCCCCCCCCAAAAAAAAUGUGUUCUUAUCCCAUGGAUAGGAAACCAGUGAAUAUGUGGCCGGUUGCCAGAGCCACACAUCCCGAGCUGUCACGCGGCACAGUGGCUCUGCCACCUGGUAUCACUGGGCACCUCACCGCGCCCGCCCUGUAAGAGCAUUAAGGGGCCUCCGUCUGCAUCCACGUGCAGCUGCUGUAGCUUUCACAGUGGGAGAGCUGUUCUUUCUCGGGUCCCAGCUUCUUCAAGACCUUCACUGCUAGGCCCCAACAGAUGGUCACUUCUUUUUUUCAGCUGUGACUUUUUCUUCUCAUGCCUUCAACCCGAAGUUGUCCUUUCAUGUUUUUAAUCCACUGUCAAAAGAGAAUGUAUUUACACUCCUGCUGCACUGUUCGGCAGCCCCUGUAUGUUUUGUGUGAUUUGUUUUGUUUUUCCAGUUUUUGUUUGUGUAUUUUUUUUUUUUUUAAUAUGCAGGGAGGUAAUGGUACUAGAUGGGACGUCACAGUGGAUGUUCUCUCUGUGGUUCCGUGACACUGAAACACAAGUUUCAGAUAUACCAAGCCGCUAAUGAGAGAGCAGCUUUUUUGCUGGGAUCCAGUGUCACAACCAAAUUGAUUAAGAUCAGACCUAAGACGAUUUCAACAACAGGAUCAUAAGGAAAGGGGGUUUGGGGAAAGGUGGUAAAUUUGUCAGCAGUAAAGGGAAAAGAAAAGAACCACGGCUAAAGGUGAUACCAAACCGGUUCACAGAGCAAUGAGGCUUUGGUGAUCCGCUGUCUCCGGUCCUAACCGGUGAGUGUUCUUUCACGCCUGUGGUCUUCCGCUGCAGUGUUUUCCCUCUUGUUUCAGAACAAGAGUGGUCCCAACAAAGCCUUUCUGUCCUUGUGCCACUUUUUAUCCUUAGGAAAAUGUAGAGGCAUUGCAAGAAGAACCACAAACAGGAAGCCUGGUCUCAUCGCUGUCACCGACUAAGUUUUGAACUUUUAUUUAUUAUUUGUGUGUGUCAUAUUUUAAACAAACAUCCUCUGUCCUCUCCAGCUUGGUCACUGUGUGUCUGCAGUUUUCCAGUCCAAGCAGGUCAUUAAUUUAUUCUGAUCUGAGGACCGCAAUUCACAUCACCGUGCCCUGUAGCCAUUUGUUCUAGACAUUGAUGGAAGGAUAACAUCAUAUGCAAGCAAAAUAAUUAUUUUAUGUGUGUGUGCACGUGUCCGCCCACACACACGCAUGCAUGCACACACACAAACACACAUACACACCAUUCCUCUUCUCUCCCCACCUUGGCAAAAGAUGUAUCCUUCAAUUAAGUAAGUGUGACCUUAUGUCCGCUGAAGAUACUUUGAGAAAGUCCCCUGGAGCAAGCUUCGGUCCCACAAUUUCAGACUAUUUAUUCUCCAGACACGAAGGUGUUGGUUAAUUAUGUUUUUAAGUCUCCUCGCUGUGGUAUAUGUGCACUCACUGCAAGGGACUUAUAUCUUUUUAUUUGAAUGUAUUUCAAAGCAGUUAGUAGAAUAACAAAGGAAUAUAAAAAACACGGACUGAAUGGACCAUUUUAUGUUUUCAGAAAGAGGAGCCACCCACCAUCACAAAGGAAAUACCUGUAUAAAAAUUGGCAAUUUGGAGGUGUCAGUAUUUAGCAUAGUCAAUAAAUGAUCAACAUUGUGCAACCACUACCAAAAAAUGUGUUGUAAUGCAUCCAAAAUCAACAAAAGUUUAUUUGCUAAUGAGUACCAAUAAAAUAAGUUCAAAUGAUGGAAACCACA